GGGUCCGGCCGCGCACAAUGGGCCAUGGAGUUCCCGUUCGAUGUGGACGCGCUGUUCCCGGAGCGGAUCACGGUGCUGGACCAGCACCUGCGGCCCCCGGCCCGCCGACCCGGAACCACAACUCCGGCCCGUAUUGAUCUGCAGCAGCAAAUUAUGACCAUUGUAGAUGAACUGGGCAAGGCUUCUGCCAAGGCCCAGCACCUUCCUGCUCCCAUCACCAGCGCGUCAAGAAUGCAGAGCAACCGCCAUGUCAUUUAUGUGCUCAAAGACACUGCAGCCCGACCGGCUGGGAAAGGAGCCAUUAUUGGUUUCAUCAAAGUUGGAUACAAGAAGCUCUUUGUAUUGGAUGAUCGUGAGGCUCACAAUGAGGUAGAACCACUCUGCAUCUUGGACUUUUACAUACACGAGUCGCUGCAACGCCAUGGCCAUGGGCGAGAACUCUUCCAGUACAUGCUGCAGAAGGAGCGUGUCGAACCACACCAGCUGGCCAUUGACCGACCUUCACAGAAGCUGCUGAAGUUCCUGAAUAAGCACUACAACCUGGAGACCACCGUCCCACAGGUGAACAACUUUGUGAUCUUUGAAGGCUUCUUCGCCCAUCAACAUCCCCCAGCACGGAAGCUGCCACCCAAGAGAGCAGAGGGAGACAUUAAGCCAUACUCCUCUAGUGACCGAGAAUUUCUGAAGGUAGCUGUGGAGCCUCCUUGGCCCCUCAACAGGGCCCCUCGCCGUGCCACACCUCCAGCCCACCCGCCCCCACGCUCCAGCAGCCUGGGAAAUUCGCCAGAUCGGGGUCCCCUCCGCCCCUUCGUGCCAGAGCAGGAGCUGCUGCGUUCCCUGCGCCUCUGCCCCCCGCACCCUACUGCCCGCCUUCUGCUGGCCACCGACCCUGGAGGCAGCCCAGCCCAGCGGCGCCGCACCAGGUAACAGGAGUUGGUGGGUUAGGGAGCCUGCAGGCUGUGCAGGAAGAGGUCGGGAAUGGAACUGAAGGGCAGGCGGACUGGGGAGUCCAGAAAGCUUUCCAGAAAAGUCAGUGGACUGACUGUAUUUGUGGAAACGAUCGGGAAGCAAAUUAUAUUAUUAUGGGGAGCCCAGUUUUAACACUGGAGUUGCAUGGAAAGGUGGAAGAGCACAGAGGGCCACUGGGCGGGGCAUCUGGGCCUUCUGAGACCAGGAAGGGCAGUGUCCCUGACACCGACCGGGGAGCCACUGGCCCCAAGUCCUAGCGGGCAGGGCACGGGCGUCUCCUUUGUUUCUCUCCCUGGCUUUCUCUUCACCUCUGACUUCUCUGUUUUUCUCUCUCCCCCAUUUUCCUCCUCCCUUCCUCCCACCCCUGACAUCCCUCCACAGCUCCCUUCCCCGCUCUGAUGACAGUCGAUACUGACUGACAGCCACCCCCCUCCCUCCCUGGGAGACGCGGGGUAGGCAGAGACCCUCCCCCUAGGAACCUCAGACCCACUCUUCCACUGCAUCCUCCAGGACCCAGUGGAACCCAUAGGAUUCCCUCUUCCCCUUUCUUGGAGAACUGGGUUGUCAGGGUCCCAAAUGGCCUAAUCCUUGGUAGGUUUUCUUACCACAAGAAGGCACCUCGCGCCCCUGACUUGUGUUCUAACUCGCUCCCCACAGACACUAAUUAUCUAGAGAAGCACACUCUCUGGCCUGCUGUCAGACUCUAGAACACCCUGGAAGGCCCGAGGGCCUCCGCCAGCAGGGAACCCUGGAGCCUCACCCACGGAGUAACUCCCAUACUCCCUCUGCAGUGCCAGCGGCUCCAAUACUGCUUUGUGCUGCCUGCCCUUGCCAGCCAGUGAACAAUCCAGGGACCGAUCAGCUCCCCAGUGGGGUCCAUUCAACAUUGCCAAACUCUCAAUUUCCAUAUGUUUUGUGUACGUGUUAGGGGACCCCCAAACCCAUGUUGCUUUGGGGACUCCAAAGGAGACUUGCUGACACCACCACAUGCCUAGAUCCAGAUUCUCUGAGGGAGCAUGUUUCUUGGCAGGGGAAUCCCAAAAAGCCCCCUGGGAUCACUCAGCCAUGUUUCUCAAGUUAGGUUUGGGUCUCAAGGGUCUAUCAGAUCCUGGAAUCUCCUCACAUGCAUCCUGCCCUGUAGCUUUGCGGAUAUAUUGUCUUGUGAGACUGUCUUGAGAUGAGAUGGGGUACCACUCUUCCUCUGGCCUUCCCCCUCUUCUUUCCUCCAUAGUAAGAACCUCCCUCCCUGCUCCACGCCCAGGGUAUAGACAGCUCCUCCCCCUCCACACCCCUUUAUGUGUGUAGAUCAGGUACCCCUUGCCACUGUGUUCCCUGAAACCCUUGGGAGCAGGAUCUCCCUCUCUCCCUACUCCUCCCUUUUCUUUUCCCUCUCAGUGUUGUCUGAAUAAAGUAUGAAUUCUUUUGUGUUUUCUAAAUUGACAUUUUCACUGGAAAAAAAAAAAAGAAACACUAAAAAAAGUCUUCAGGUGUCAGCCUCGUUUGUGUAUCACCCCUAUCUUCCUGGGAUCUCAGGACCACUGUCUCUCUCACCCUCCUCCCCUCUGGGAUCUGCAGAACACCUGCCAGGGAGCCUCUGCGCUGGGUCUCCGCAGAGCCCACCCCUCUCGUGUAGUGGCUGAAUCCCUCUGCGUAGCCCUCUGCGUCCUCCCCCUCCCUCCCUCAGCGAUCUCCGCCCUUGACCCUGGCCGGCCCCUGCGGAGAUGCCAAGGUUUACCAGCAUCUUGGGAUCCACUAAUUGCCUCCCAACUGAUCCCUGGAUUCCUCUUCCCACUUUGAUUUCCUGAUGUCUGCCCCACUGAACCCUUGGAUCUCUCUCUCUCUCAAGACAAGCCCUUACCACCAUCCAUAGUCCAGCACAACUGGUCUAUUCCAAAGGCUCCUUUCCUUUUCCUCCUAAAUUUGCCUUUGGCCUAUGGUAUCUUAGAGUGACCACGUUUUCCAAACCAUGUAUCAGGGCACCAGGUCCAACAAAUUCUUUUGUGCCUGUACAAGCGUCUGUUUCUCUAAGAUGACUUGGAUCACAUUUAGCCAUACAUUUAAUACAUUACCUCAACUGGAAGGAAAAAAAGCAACAACUUAGGACUGCUUCAGAAAAUCUUGGGGCACAAAAGGAGCUCCCUCCCCUUCUCUGGGCACAGCUUAGAUUAGAACCCCUUAGGAAUGGUAAGUACCCCCUUCUCCUUGGUCCACUGCUGUUCCUUCUAUGCCUUCCCUCUGAUCCCUCCAUACCACCCAUAUUCCAUCCUGUAGCCUCUCCCCCAUCAUCUCCCAUUUCUU